AAAAAAAAAACUCCUCGCCGCGAAAUUGCCCGAUGCCGCCGCCGCCCCCAACCUCCGCCGCAGCCACCACGCCGGCACCGCCAACCAAACCACCCCUGUGCCCGCGCCAGAUCGCCGCGCUAGUCCUGAACCACCCGUCCUCCACGCUGACCGCCGCGUCGGCGCGCUCCCUCUCGGCGUCCCUCCUCGCCGCCGCGCCCGCGCCCGCGCUCCCGAUCCCGGCCCCCGUCGCCAACGCCGUCCUCAAGCUCCUGUGGCACCACGCUCCGCGCGCCUUGCUCUUCUUCCACGCCCUGCUCCGCCUCCCGCCAGGCGCGCGCGAGCUCUCCCCGUGCACCGUCGAUCUCGCGCUCGACCUCGCUGCGCGCCUGCGCCCCCCGCGCCAGCUCACGAGCUCCGUCCUCGCGCUCUUCCCGCGCCACGGGCUCGCCUUCACCCCGCGCACGUUCCCGAUCCUGUUUGAGCGGUUUGCGGUGUCGCAGCGCCGCCCCGACCUCGCCGUCCGGCUCUUCCUCUCGCUCCACCGCUCCCACGGCGUCGCGCAGGACCUCCCGCUCUUCAACUCCCUCCUCGACGCCCUCGUCAAGUCGCGGCACGCCGGCAAGGCCGCCUCCCUCGUCCGUGCCCUCGAGCGGCGGUUCCCCCCUGACGCGGUCACGUACAACACCCUCGCCGACGGAUGGUGCCGCGUCAAGGACACCUCCCGUGCGCUCGACAUCCUGCGGCUGAUGGUUGAGUCAGGGAUUGCCCCAACGAAAGCCACAUAUAACAUUAUCCUCAAAGGCUUCUUCCGUUCUGGACAGCUGCAGCAUGCAUGGGACUUCUUCCUCCAGAUGAAGAAGAGAGGCAUCACCGACGAGAACUGUAAGCCUGACGUCGUGUCGUACACCACCGUACUGCAUGGGUUGGGUGUAUCCGGGCAGCUGGACAAAGCUCGCAAAGUGUUUGACGAAAUGUCUAAAGAAGGAUGUGUACCAUCAACAGCGACUUAUAAUGCUUUAAUUCAGGUAAUCUGUAAGAAGGGCAACGUGGCGGAUGCUGUGGCAGUCUUUGAUGAGAUGAUUGGAAAAGGUUAUAUUCCAAAUGUGGUUACCUACACCGUCUUGAUCCGAGGCCUCUGCCAUGCCGCGAAGAUUGAUCGAGCUAUGAAGCUUUUGGAGAGGAUGAAGAGCGAAGGUUGCGAACCUAAUGUUCAGACAUAUAAUGUCCUUAUAAGUUAUUCAUUUGAGGAAGGGGAAAUCGAGAAGGCUUUAGAUUUAUUUGAGAGAAUGAGCAAGGGUAUGGAGUGCUUACCCAAUCAAGAUACAUAUAAUAUUAUAAUAAGUGCAAUGUUUGUGCGUAAGAGAGCAGAGGACAUGGCAGUGGCUGCAAGUAUGGUGGUGGACAUGGUUGAUAGAGGCUACUUGCCUAGGAGGUUUAUGUUCAAUCGUGUACUGAAUGGAUUAAUGCUGACUGGGAAUCAAGAGCUUUCAAGGGAGCUCUUGAGGAUGCAGGAGAAAUAUGCACGCUUGCGACGAGAAAUAAGAUUGUAAUUGGCGUUUUGUUUCUUGAAUGCUAUAUGCUAUCAACGUUUUCUCCAUUUUCCACCCUGGGUACAGGCUACUGAAUAUCAGAAUCAAGGUGCAACACUGGAGUACCCAGUCAAUUAAUACUCCCUGCUGUCCUAUGAUCCCAUGAUCCCAAGAUUAUUGAUCUCUCUCAUUUGGAUCUGAGACUUAAUUGUGACUUUGGGGGUUCUCUAAAUAGCUUCGCGAAAGGUUUAAAGUGCCAAGAUGUGCAGAUUGUUUAUACUGUCUUGUGGUGAUGCGAUCCAGUCAUACUUAGUCUCGGAUAGUAUGAUGCUGCAAGUGUCUUACUAACCUGUCAGGAAGAAAAAUGUUUGUUCAUGCUUCAUGCCAGUUACAGGCAAAACUCAUUUUAGGUUUAAAAAAUGUACUGUAGAUGCCAAGCACAUGGUGAUAUUAUAUAGGGCUGUUAAUCAUCAGUUGCUGCAAGAAGUAAGUUGUUCUGUUGUUUAACACUUGCAGAAAAUAGAUACUCUCUCCGAUUUUUAAAUAUAUGGCGUUUAGGACAAUGAACUGGUUAGCUUGUUCCAAAACACCACAUAUUAAUAACACGGAGUACACAAGAAUUACUGGAAGUAUACUUUUCUAUAUCGACAGUUACACUAGGAUUUGUAUUGAUUAAAAUUUUAAAUGACUUCUGUGUGUGGAUAUGAUGUGUGGAGUCGCACUGUUGGUUUGUGCUAAAA